AACCCCUUGAAGUCUCCGUGCUACGAAAUCGCCUACAUCUACCAGAUCCUCUCUACCCUCGUUUGCAGCCUCGUUCUUAUCCACUGCGAUAACCUCUACCUCUACCUCGUCAUGGUCUGCACCUCGCAGCUGCGGAUUCUCAACGCCUCCCUUGAGACCAUCACCUGCAGGGCCGCCAAGAACUCUCUGAAGCUACGGUGGAAGCUCUGCGCUGGACUGAGAAUCAAGCGGAGUGACGUCGUCGAUGCGGAGUCCUUCACACUUGGGGCCAACUGCGUAAAACACCAUCAUGCUAUUCUCGAAGUCUUGGAUAAGUUGGAGGAGAUAUACAAUUUGCUCAUACUCAUACAAUUUCUCUCACACCUGGUACAGUUGUGUUUUCAAAUGUUCCUGGUUACUGAGAUUUCUCCGCUAAGCUUCGACGGUCUUAGCAUGCUUGCUUUUGUCGUUGCGAUGGUAAUCGAAGUCUACGUUUAUUGCCAGUGUGGAAAUGAGAUUGAAAUAGAGAGUUCCAAGAUUUCCCAGUCAGCCUACAACGCCCAGUGGACCUCGAGCUCGGAACCCGUAAAGAGAAUGCUGCUGAUCGUGAUGCUGCGCGCUCAACGGCCCGUUGAAUUCACAGUCGGAAAGUUCGUGAAGCUUUCACUUAGGACCUUGGUAUCGGUUGUCCGAGGCUCGUUCUCAUACUUCAUGGUACUAAGAAAAAUGCAGUAAUCCUUCGCCAACGCAGCUGUCCCUAAUGUGUAAUUGUACGUCUGGAUUAAACGCUGGAUAUAAUUGA